AUGGGCAGCUCGAAGGUCCACGACCCCGCGACCGCUGACGGUUGGCAUGGCGUCAUUCCGAGCGAGCAAUUCCCCGCCGAAAAAGGUCGCUAUCACCUCUACAUUGGCCUAUUCUGCCCAUAUGCCCAUCGCGCAAACUUUGUGCGCCAUUUGAAGGGGCUCACAGAGUUCAUCGAUAUCAGUGUGGUGAAGCCCUACCCAAAAGGCGAUGCGAAUGGCUGGCCUGGAUGGCGAUUUCCAGGUUCAGAUGAUGAGUACCCCGGGGCGACCGUGGAUAAGUUAUUUGGUGAGGACUAUCUCCACAAGGUCUAUUUUCGGGACGAUCCCGCGUAUAAGGGGAGGUACUCUGUGCCUCUGCUCUGGGAUAAGAAGGCAGGGGUUGCUGUGAAUAAUGAAAGCGCUGAGCUUCUGCGGUGGCUCCCUACGGCAUUCAACGAGCUGCUGUCCCCAGAGCUAGCUUCCAUUGAUCUCUACCCUGUUCAUCUGCGCGCGAAGAUUGAUGCGCUCACGCCGUGGAUUCAAUCAGAUGUCAACACGCGCGUCUACAAAGCCGGCUUUGCACCUUCACAGGAGGUCUAUGAUGAGAAUGUGGUUGUCGUCUUUGGUGCUUUGAAUAAGCUCGAGAAAAUCAUCGCAAAGCACGGUGGUCCCUUCGUCCUUGGGAAGGAUUUCACCGAGGUGGACAUUCGGUUGUAUGCAACUCUAGUGCGCUUCGACACAGUCUACGUUCAGCAUUUCAAGUGCAAUCUUGGCACCAUUCGUCAUGAUUACCCCGUGCUGCAUAACUGGCUGAAGGGCGUCUACUGGGAUGUGGAGGCGGCGAGGGCCUCGACUGAUUUUAAGCAUAUCAAGGAGAAUUACACGAAGAGCCACGGGGAUAUCAAUCCUAAGGCGAUUACACCCCUGGGGCCUUUCCCAGACAUCGAAGAGGGGGUGGAGCGGGAUUGGAGCAAACUGCGGAUUGGGGGAGUUCUACACCCUGCUGUGCUAGAAUAUGAGGCUUCAUUACCGGACGUAUGA